CUGGACCUGUUGGGGCGGGCACGUUUACCUGUGUUGGUCUUGGGGGCUGCCUGUCUCUAAGCCCAGCCCUCUGGCCGAAGCGCAUGUUUUUCUGGUUCCCUCCGCUUCUGUAGAGGGGCCUCUAAACAGAGAGGGUGUCUUGUGAAUGUGCAGCCAAAGAGCGAGGUCGAACAGGCGGGAGCCGGAGAAAAAGAUGUCAGAACCACAAGAAAAUGGCUUUGUUGUCCUGCCAGAUUAUGAUCAUGUAGAAGAUGAAACUUUUCCUCCUUUCCCACCUCCAGCAUCUCCAGAGAGGGAUGGCGAAGGAGCUGAACCCGAGGAAGAGUCAGGGACCAGAGCACCUGUUCCUGUACCUCCAAAGAGAACAGUUAAAAGGAAUAUUCCCAAAUUGGAUGCUCAGAGAUUAAUUUCAGAGAGAGGGCUUCCUGCCUUAAGGCAUGUGUUUGAUAAGACAAAAUUCAAAGGGAAAGGUUAUGAGGCUGAAGACUUGAAGACACUAAUCAGACACAUGGAGCACUGGGCACAUAGGCUAUUCCCCAAACUGCAAUUUGAGGAUUUUAUUGACAGAGUUGAAUACCUGGGAAAUAAAAAAGAAGUGCAGACCUGUUUAAAACGAAUUCGACUUGAUCUCCCUGUUUUACAUGAAGAUUUUGUUAGCAAUAAUGAUGAAGUAGGGGAAAGCAAUGACCUUGAUCUAACUGCUGUGGAAUUAGAUCCCUUUUUGACAGACUCAUCUGAGAGUGAGAAGUUUGCUUCUGAGUCAAGUAGAAACCUAACAGAAGAGCAACAACAAAGAAUUGAGAGAAAUAAACAACUGGCCUUGGAAAGAAGGCAGGCAAAGCUACUGAGUAAUAGUCAGUCCCUAGGAAAUGACAUGCUACUGAACACACCCAGGGAACACACAGUUGAAGAGGUUUGUAUGGGUGAGGAUCAAAAGGAGUUGUCAAAUGGAUUAAACAAAGACAUUUUAGACAAUUCACAUAAUGAUCCUUCUGUUGGUACUAUAAAUGAAGAGGAGCAAUUAAAACUGGAGGAAACACAACUGGACCAGUCCUUUUAAAAUGUACAAAGGUAACUUUAUACUUCAUCCAGAAAUGUAAUUGAAGUUAGCUACAUCUUUUCUAGAAAGGGUAUCUAUUAAUUCUUCAAGUUUGGGAUUAUUGUGUAUUUUGUCUACUUUGUGAGAAAAUCCUUAUAUAAUAAAGUGUUAUGAAUUCUUG